GCAAUGGGGUCCAUCAGAUUCGAAUGAGCAGAAUUUUUGUUUUUGAAAAACAAGCGAGGAGAAAUGUUUGCAGCAAUAAUCACAACCUUGACUCUGUCCGUCUGUGCAGUGGGUGCAGAUGUUCCUGUCCUUAUCCAGUCCCCGAGCAUACAGCGUGUCACUGAGGGUCACACGGCGUGGUUAUGGUGUACCAUGAUCAACGCCAGGCCGGAAAAGACUGACCUCCACUGGUAUCGGAAACUACCUGGGCAGGACAAGCUGGUUCUAACACACAGGUCAGGAGGCAGCCCAGAGUGGGGACGGGGUUUCACUGAGAGGUUCCAGUCCUACAGAGACACGUCCAACAGCACCUUCACCCUGACAGUCACAGACGUGGUGCACAGUGACUCUGCUGUCUAUUACUGCAGAAUCUGGGGAUACAUCAAUGGGAAAGGCACUCAGCUCAUCGUAACCAAUCCCGCAGAUGAUCCCGUCCUUGUGCAGUAUCCACCGGUCAGCAAGGUGCCAGAGGGUGUAACUGUCCAGCUCCACUGUGCCUUGUAUAACGCCAGUGUCAAUGUCACCGAUGUACACUGGUACCACCAGCGGCCUGGGAACAAGAGCGAGUGGGUGUUGAGUCACUUUGUGAAUGACUCAGUGAGCAGGUCCGGGGGUAUCUCUGACCGUUUUCAGUCUCACAGGAAUGGCGUGAGUAACAGUUACAUUCUGACCAUCAGCAACACAUCUAUUAGUGACACUGCAGUGUACAACUGCAGUGUGUGGAAUUACAUCUACGGAGGAGGAACGCAGCUCAAUGUAACUGAUGCUAAUCCUCCAGUCCUCAUCCAGUCCCCAAGCCAGGAGAACAUCACUGAGGGGCAAUCGGCACGGUUAUGGUGCGCCAUGAAGAACGCCAGAGCGGGAGACACUGAUGUCCACUGGUAUCGGAGACGACCUGGGCAGGACAUGGAGUGGGUCUUAACACACGAGGCAGGAGAGAGCAUACGAGGGAGACCAGGUUUCACUGAGAGGUUCCAGCCCUCCAGGGACUCCUCCAACAGCAGUUUCAUCCUGAUGGUCACAAAGGUCGAGGUCAAUGACUCUGCCGACUAUUACUGCAGAGUGUGGGGAGACAUCAGUGGGAACGGAACCCGACUCACUGUCAUUAAAGCCGAUGAAGGUGGGUCUUGGAAAGUCUUGGCCAGUAUUCUCACCAGUAUCCUCGUACUCGUCCUCUUAUUCUGCAUCUUAAUAACAGUAAUAUGCUAUGUGAAAAAAUGGGCAUGUUUUCAACAGAGAUUGAAGCCAGAAGGGUGCUCUACUGAAGAUCAGAACACAGUGUAUGCCACAGUUACAGCUGAAACCGAGGUGGAUAACCAGGCAGCCACAAAUGUUACUGUGUCCGAGCAAUCAGUGAUACUUUACGCUGAUAUUCAGGUCCAACGGCAGAAGACAGCUCCAAAAAUACAAGUCACCGAGGAAACAACCGAAUAUGCCGUCAUCAAACGCACCCAGUGACUAAAAAUAAUUCAUCAGCAGCAGCAGGUCAUUAAAUAAGUGUGUGCUUCUUGCUGGUAAAGAUCAGCACACGGGACUCCGGAAUGUCACACCUCUCUACUUCCACCAACUACAACGUGAUCCUACAAUCACCACGUCCUCCCCACCCCACCCCUUUCUGCUUUCCACAGGGUCUACAACUUCCUGGUCUGUCCAUCUCUCCCCACCCAUUUCUUCCCAUUCCCAGGGGCUUUCCCUGAAACUGCAGGAGAUUAAUCCCCUUCACAAAUUCACAGUCAAACAGCAAGGAAACAGGCCAUUCGGCCUCUCCAAUCCAUGUUGACCAAGAUUCCCAUUUAACCUAGUUUCACUUCCUGAUUUGAGCUCAAUGUAGUGGCCUUAGGGACCCCAGCUCUGGAUUUUCAUCAGGGUUACACCCGAUGCCCUCUCCAUGAGUCAGCAGAGAUUUGAGAUCAGAGUCUUCCUUCACACUGUACUGCUGACAUUUUCCUGAAGCAACUGGUUUUAAGGAGGCAGUAAACUGCCCUUUCCCCUUCUCCUAUUGGUAGAAAUGGUUUCACCGAGCUCAGUAUCUAAGCCACAGGUGAAGAUGAGAAGCUGGACUUGGUUAUCAAAGGCUAUUUGAAAUAUACGACAUAUACGAACCUAGGAAAAUGGAUAUCAUUUUCAAAUUUUGCAGAACAUUUUGUUAAUUAAUUACAGACAAACCCCAUAUUUUGGGGGUAAGGUCAGUUGGGAAGUUGCAUUCACAGAAGACAGAACAUAUUGCAAUUUCCUUUAAUGUGAAACCUUGUCAAUGCUACAAGAAAGUGGGUGAGACUUCAUCAGCUCAGUUAGAGCUGUAAUAUGAGGCAUGUAUUCUGCUCUUAGAUAACGAGUUUACUCCCCCAAUUUAUAUUCCAUAAAAAUGCAGCGUAUUAAUUUUGGCAAGAAAAGCUGUGUACAAAUUGCUUGCAAAUAUGCAUA